AUGACGGUUAGAUAUUUGGAGAGUAUUGCGACGAACACCAGUCUUGCUGGUAUCAAAUUGUUAUUUAGAUCUUUUGAAGCCUUCUGUUUUUAUUGUGACGAACUCUGUCAAAUAGUUCCAAUAGGAUUCGUUCUUGGGUUCUAUAUUGACACCAUUAUAGGUAGAUGGUGGAGCCAGUAUCGAACUCUACCAUGGCCAGAUGAGAUUGCAAUGUUACUCUGUGCUGUGGUUAAUGAUGAUAAUGGUGAUGUGAGCAAUCAUUGUAGAGGAAAACAGCAAAUUCAGAAAAUACUCAAAUACUUGAAUCUUGCGUUUGCUAUUUGCUUUCGUGAAUUUUCAGCGACUGCUCGAAAACGCUUUCCUGCAAUGCAAUCAAUAUUAGCUGAGGGUUUAAUUACUAAGGAGGAACUGAAGGAAUAUGAAUCAUCGGGUCCAAAUAACAAAUCACCACAUAUUAUCCAACUAACCUCUUGGGCUAUUGACAUUAUUCACAAUCUCGAGGCAACUGGUUACAUUCGUAAUAGUCAUGCUGUAGAGCUUCUCAUCCAGCAGAUUCUAAAUUAUCGUGGGGGUAUUGGACUGCUCACUUGUUUCGAUUGGAUUAGUGUUCCACUCGUCUAUACACAGCUUGCUACCAUAUCGGUGUACACUUACCUCUUCGCCUCAGUAUUCGCAUUACAAAAUUUGGAGGAGCCGGCAAGAAGUGAAUUUCGUACCAACACCGUUGUCUUCAAUGUCCUCUUCUACCUCUGCUGGCUCAAAGUAAACCCAUCUAUUUCAAUAUGA